ACUCUUGCUUCCUCUCAGACAGUUGACACGUUCCCUCACAAUAGUUACUUGAUGCGACAGUUACAAAUAGAGAAGUGCUCUGUGACAGAAGCGCUGCCGCCCUUGAACUCAAGCUUUGGACAACCCUGAUCCAUGACCCCUGGACAAGGACCUCUGGGUCCUGACAUGCCUCUGGAAGGAGUCCCAUAGUGGGAUGAGCACAGCCAACCAUGGAGAGUCAAGCUGGGAUAUUAAGGCGCUUACUGGCCCAGCUGGAGAGACAGGAGGCGGGGGACGAUGAAGCACCGAAUGGCAUCGCUGGGGAGUUCACAGUGAGUAAAGUGUGGUGUCAUUUAAGGUGAAAAAUGUCAGUUUCAGUGUGGAGGAGGGCUUCUGUUGUGGGAAAUUAUCCUUUAAUUAUUACAUCUGUGUCUUUGGAGUCGGCGCAUAAAGAAUAAAAAAGUUUUCCAGACCUCCAGGUUUUUUUUUACAAAGACAUCAAACUAAGGGAAGUAACACACUGCUGCACUUAAAAGCCUGAAUGCCACUUUGAGCUUCCUCUUUGUACUAAGGUCAGUCACUCAACAAGGAAGACAUGAGCAAAUGCAUUAGAGUGUGUCUCACUUUGACGAUCAUUUUCUCACCCAUCAUUCAGCCGUGCAAACACAGCAUGAGAAUAUAUUAACACACAAAAACACGCAUGUGCUUCGCAACUCUUCAACCCCAAAUGACAUCAUCUGUGGCCGGCUGCCAUGGCGAUGGGUGACAUGCCAGAUUCGCGUGUUUCACAUGCUGUCUGUCUGCUGUCAAACUGCUCCCACCCAGACCACUCUGGAGGAAGGGGUCCGUUGCAUCACUUCCUGUGUGAACAAACAGCACUCUGUGGUGUCAGCGCUGCAGAUGGUCCGCGAGGCCUUAAGCAGACGGUUUAGUUCUGCGAGAGCUGGCCCCUGAACAAAAAGACCAGUGUCUGAACAGAUUCUGUACCGCAUGGAUGUUCAAUGACGUGAUUUAAUGUGAGAGUUCAACUGUCGGCACAGUAAAUUCCAGCUGGAAAUCCUCUGUUUUUUUUUCUGCCAGUGUCAGUUUCUAGUAAAGUGAGUCAUAGAUUCUGGUCAUCUGGGGUUGAAUCACAACAAAAACCAACAUGUCUGACGACCAUGCAAUUUGUCACACUUAGUUACAGCCAGCCUUUUGCCCUGUUUUUCUCAAACUCUUAUAAAACAGAAGUCAUCACACCAUAAUUAAUAAAAGAUUGAAUAAAACGAAAACAGUGAUCCUUAUGAUGUCCCUUCAGAACCCCUUUUUGAUCUGAAAGUAUCAUAAAAAUGCCACCACAAUACAAUGUUCUCUGUAGAAACUAGGGCUGUCGCUAUAUACCUAGACUGAUGUCUGUUUUAAAGAAAUAUUGAUUAAGGGACAGACUUAAUCAGUUUCUUUGAUUAAUCAUGCAUUUUGACAUGAUUGGCUUCCUAUCUGUAUCAACCCUCACAGGGAGGAUAUCACCAUUAUUCUUCCCAUUAGCCAUCCACAGCAUUUAAAACAGUCAUGACCUCAUACUUAAAUAAUUUGCUGUAUUGUGGACAGAUAUACGGACAAUAUCAGACGUUUCUAGCAAUCUAUAGCAUCUCUGUCUUUCAAUUGAUUCAUUAAAAAUAACCUAAAUCCAACUACCAGAAAGAAAAUCAUGUAUAUUAGAUUUUAAUGUGAAGGAAUAAUGAGUCUGUGUACGACUUUUUUAUGCUAACCACAAUAUUUACCAUAUGUUAUAGUUUUCUUGAAAAAAUUCUAAUUGCUUGACACAAACCCAAAAUUCCUUACAGCAACAUUUAACCAAGAAAAAUAUGAUUCCAUCUAAAUUUAUUUAAUUAAAUAUUCAAAGUUUAGCAAUUAUGUUUUUAACGUGUUUGUCCAAUUGUAGUACAAACUUACAAAAAACGCAUAAUGUGAUAUUGGCAUUUUAUAUCGUCCACUGGCAGACCUGCUCUCGUAUAACCGGUAUCAGCAUCAGCCACUAAAAAAUGCCACUAUGAUUAUAUAAAACCAAAGACUCACAGUUAAGAUAAUCUUAAUCUCUCCAUCUAUAACAUCCAACAGUAAUCUUCAUCAAGUUUUGUUUUACCUUCCCAAAAACAUUCAGCAGCAGUUAGCAGUGAAGGUGUUUGAACUUGCUUUGCAUGGCAAUUAAGGAGCUCUCUGACAUUUACAUACAUGGCAUGAAUUAUUAAUAGAUUGUGGUAAUUGAAUGCGACACGAUUACAUGUUUCUUUUUUUUUUCCAGAGGCUGAAAAACCUGUCAACCAAGUACCGCACUGACAAGAUCUACUCCACCAAGACAGCAGAAAAGCAAGAGAACGUCAAGAAGAACCGCUACAAGGAUAUUGUUCCUUGUGGGUUCAGUGCAUUUAUGAAAACCCUGAAGUCAGUCUCAAACAAGACUGAGAAACUUCUAGACUUCACAGAUGAAUAUGUCAAAUAUUAGCAAGCAAAGGGAUGCUAAUGUGCUGAAAAAACUUGUGCUUUUCUGGGUUAAUAAUUUGCUCAAAGUCUGAAUUUUUAUCUGACAGGUCAAGUUUUUGAUCACAUUUGUUAAAUACUGUAUUUUAAACAUGUAUUAUCAUUUCAAAAUCAAUUAGAUGCCCAUCUGAUGUCAAGGAAAAAUACACAUACUGCUAAAAUACUCAAAUUCAAGGUUGUCUCGUCUGAUCAAGUCCAAUAAAUUUGGCACAUUUGUCCAAUUACUGUCAAUAAUUUCCAUCUAGCAACUCAGACAACAACCAAAAGUAGAAAAUCUGUAAUUCACUGUAAGAAACAGGCAAACACAGGGGCGCGCAGAUGGCCGAGCGGGUUAGUGCGCCCCACAGCUACUUAGAAAGAAACCACAAGCUUACGAAACCACUGGCAGUGUCCAAAAAUUCAAAAUCAAAAGUGUAAAUUCCUGUUUAUGACAGCAUCACGUAGCAUCUUUACAGACUGAAAGCUAAGACUUGCUUGAUUGCAGUCACUAGCUGCAGCCUGACGUUAGCAGACAGUUUAUCAAGUACACAGUUUCACUCCAAAGUAGGACUAAAUGUGCCCCCAGAAUCAGGUCUCCACUCGGUAUAUAAUUAAUACUGUUAAUUAAUAAUGUUAACUUUUAUCAGAUAAUUAAAACACAAAAGCAUUUGACCCUCCCACCCUGAUGAACCUCUCUGUUGUGACCAUAUAUUCUUUUAAUACAGUUGACCACAGCAGAGUGCAGCUCACCCUGACCACAGCUAAAAAUGACUCCGACUACAUUAACGCCAACUUCAUCAAGGUAAAUUAAAGACGUCCUUUUUUCGAUGUUUAUGUUGUGCAGUUUUUGUUCGGUUUUGCGACUAAUAUUGUUUUUAAAAAUGGGAGAAAUCUUUUAAUCUUGACUUUAAGCUGUGUUUUAUCCGCAGGGCGUAUCAGGCUCUAGGGCCUACAUCGCUACUCAGGGUCCCCUUCCUCAAACAGUACGGGACUUCUUGAGGAUGAUUUGGGAGUACAAUAUAAAGGUAGGAGACCCACCAAGCAUUAAUGAUCAAAGAGGCUCUCUGAUGUAAAGAGUUACAACUAUUUUUCUUGUCUUUUUUGAUUUUAGAUCGUAGUGAUGGCCUGUCGAGAAUUUGAGAUGGGAAAGGUAACACAAUUUCCACAUAAUCCCAUACUAUAACAAUGCAUAUUCUUGCAUUUUCUGUGUCCUCAGUAAUUUGUCAUUGUUUGAGUGUAUUAUGUGCAUCUGGCGGCAUUCUUAUUUUAUUUUCCUCAUGCAUUUUCUAGAAAAAGUGUGAGCGCUACUGGCCGGAGAUUCAGGAGCAGCCCUUUAUUUGCGAGCCCUUUAAAGUUUACUGUGUAAGUAUUUCUAAUAUCCAAAUCACAUUUCCUGCUUUGACAGGUUUCUCAUACUGUUAAAUAUAUGUGUUGAUAUAAUUUUCCACUGUCUUCACACAUAUGCGUCCAAAAAAAACAACGAAACCUGUCGUACGUCAACCAAGAACAACCCAAGAAAGCCAUUAUUUUUACGGCCUUUCAACUGUAAACAUAAUCACCACUUUACCCCCACUUUUUUUUUUUUUUACAGGACUCAGAGGAAGCAAAAGGGGAUUAUCUGACAAGGACGUUAAGGAUGAGUUGUCACAAUGUAAGCAGUGUUUAUACCCUGACUGUGGAAACAACUGACACUGUAAUUAUGCUCAGAGAAGCCAGAGAUAAUCGUCUGACAUGUUGUCAGCUGCAACAAAGACCAGAGGCGGUUCAUGAAAUCUCAAAACCAGUACCAUUGUUUUGAAACAGACUCUUUUAACAUAAACCAAAAUAAGUCCAGUAAAUCUCAGACCUUCAUUAUCAUUCAGGAGUGAAAAUCAAGAGUGCUUGUCUUAAUCCAUGAUGACCAUGUUAUCAAGUAGUCCAAAAAGAACACAGCUUUGCAAUUGACUUCCUUUACUUUGCCUUGUUUUCUCCAGUCCAGUCGAACUUUGACACAGCUGCACUAUAUCAACUGGCCUGAUCAUGGAGUACCAGACUCCAUCCCUCCAAUCCUGGACAUGCUGCAUGAAAUGCGUUUGGAGCAAGCACAUGAUGAUAUCCCUGUCUGCAUCCACUGCAGGUACGGCUUCCUCUUCAUAACUCUCCUAAAAAAGGCAUUUCUGAUCUGUCUUUUUGAGUAACUUUGGCGAAGAUCAAGUUUUGAACCAUAGACAUGAAGCAAGAACAAAUUAAAGCUGUCUUUUCGGAUGCAAAUAACUUAUUUGAGUUGUUACGUUCUGAACUAUCAGUAAAUACUUGCUAAUAAGGGUACAGACUGCAGCUCCCUGAGUUUUAACCACAACUAUGAACCACAACGCAUCAUUACCACCGAAACCGCCCUACAGAAAGAAUCAGUUUAAAAGUUACAUCUCUUGGUGGUUAAUCAUCUCACGAUGUUUGUCUGUCUCUGUCCUCCUAAAAAGUGGAGCAAGACAGCAAAUUAUUUAUAAAGAGAGAAAACUUUAAAACAUCUUUGACAACUGAUGUCAAUUUACUCAUGAAAAGAUGUAAGAUAAAUAAAGAGCUUGUAGAAAUGACGACUACAACUUUGAACUUACUGCUGUGUUGCCUUCAAGCAUCUUCUCUAAGGGCCCUUCAAACUGAGCACCUCCCCUCUUUUCAUUGACACAGGAAAUGCAUGCUAGUUGGUGGCCAAAAACCCACUAUGUCUGAUUACAUUUGCGUGGGCAUUUCCCCUCAAUAUUUCCAUCACUUAUACUGUGGCUCAGGUAAAACCACAUCUACUUCGAUGUAUAUCACAGAAAAUGUUUCCCUGGUUUCACUCAGUGCAGCUGGCAUGUUUGGUCUUAAAGUUAUCUCUGAGUUUGUGCGCAACAGCAUGGUCAGAUAUUUGUGUGUGCAUGGAUUUUAGAUCCUCUUCAAUAGAUGGGAUGGAGAAAGAUGCUAUGCAAAGUGCUCUGCAGGACAACAGUGGUUCAAGCCAACUUUUCAGCCUCCUGGCUCACUGAUAAAAAGACACUGUUUAAUUUUACUUUCUGUUAUUGUUAGUUUUCAGCUCUUGUUGCUCACCUUUGGCUUGAGCUGAUUUUAGCUUGUGUGUCCUUGCUGACGUUAUCUCGUACGUUUAUAAAUAGUGAUUUCUACAAAACACUAUCUCAUCCUGCUGUCUUUCACUAACUGGAGUAUCGGUUCCUCUAAAUUAGUCUAUUCCUGACAUGUGUGUAACUAACUACAUUGGACACCUACCCUAAGGCAGUGGUUACAAGCAUUGAAAAUUUACAUAAACAAAUUUUCACUAUCUGUGGUGAUCUUGUCUGCUUUAGUGGUUCACAAGGAAGCAUCACUAUUGAUUCCAGUCUGUUACACAUCCAACAAAAAGCUUUAAAAUACGUUUAUGACUGAUUUUACCUUUUGGUUCUUGAAUACACGUGGAGUGAAAAUGUGUGGGAAAAACUGUGUGCAUUGGGUACUUAUUUAACCGCUGUGGUAAAAUAUACUCUGGAAAACCUGCCAUGACUUGCUAAUGUCACUUUGAUAAUGUUUCACAUUAUGGAAUGAUGAGUCAGUGGCAAACCCAACCUACACAGCUGUCACCACACUAAUGAGUUACAUCAACACUAGACAGCUGUGUAGAACACGAGCAGUGAAAAAAAAAUGUCCACCUGAGAAAGUCUGCUCCCAGCUGUGACAGGAAAAGGGUGUUUUAUCACCACACUUAUUUUAAAAAGUCUCAUCACCUCAUUGGUCACAGUGUCACAAAUGGUGGUGUGGUGACUUAAGGUCAUAAUUUUGAGAGACAAAAAAGCAAAAUUAGAGUUUGGUGUUGUCAAUAUUUUACACUUGUUAAUAUUACACAACUCCAAAUAAAACUUUGCAUCCUAUAAAAAUUUGUCAAAGGCAGUAGUACUUCAAAAAUCUGUAGUUGAAUCACUUGGUUCUACUAAAAAAAAAUGCAUGCUUUGGUAAUAACCAUAUUUUGGAUGGUGCACAGUAUUUAUCCUAGCAAGACACAGUGAAUCUGGUCUAUAGAAGUCCUCAGAAUCAACACAUCAUGAAAACUCCUCGCAGAUAUAAAAGUAUCAUGAUUUGUCACUAUCAAGAAAUAGACGUUAAAGGUCUGUUGUUUGAGAAUAACAUCAUGGUUUAUGCAUUUUUGAACUCUGUGAUUGAAAAUUGCUUGAUUAAUCCUUUUUUAGUAUCGACCGUCUCUGGGGUCAAGGCAAGUGUUUGACAUGGGACAUCUUUCUUCUGUGUUUGUAGUGCAGGCUGUGGCAGAACAGGAGCCCUGUGUGUCAUUGAUUAUACCUGGAACCUCUUGAAGAAACAGGUAUAUUGGACACUCUUGCCCAAAUUUCCUCUGAGUGUUUCUCUCCUAACCUAUAUUAAUUUGAUUAUCUUAGAUGAUACCUCCAGACUUCAGUAUCUAUAACUUGGUUCAAAACAUGAGGACCCAGAGGCCUUCGCUGGUUCAAACUAAGGUAGAAGCAUCAAACAUAACAAAUCUUACGACAAGCAGAACCACAUUUCAGUGACUUCCUUGUAUCAAAAACUUUCGGAUACUUUGAGCGCUGUGCGUCAUGCCUGCUGGCUCUGACGACUAACAGAGCAGGUUUUUGUUGUUUAUUCUCAGGAACAAUAUGAGCUGGUUUAUAGAACCAUCAAGUUGCUGUUUGAGAAGUAUCUGCAGUCCAUGGAUGAGGUGAGUGAGACAGGAGUAUGAUAACCUCUGGACUAAGACAGAGUGCACGCAGACUACAGAAAAAUAGCUCACUCUUUUUCCACCAUCACAAACUGACGAGCACCACCAUCACGAUCAACAGCACAGAGAACGGCCGUGGCUGACUUUCUUGUGGUUUCAGUGACAAUCACACACACAGUCAAACAGGCUAAUUAAAGACAGGGUGGUUCAAAACACCCAUGACAGUUUUUCUCAGUAACUCUCAAGCAUCAAGUUGAAGCCAAAGCAUCAAAAAUUCAGUUAGCAGCUGAAAGCACCGGAAAAUAGAACAAACAAUAUGAUUAAAGUGUUUGUAGCUAGGCAGUUGUCAUUCAAAGCUUCAUCAGUAACACCUACACAGUUUUGAGAAUUAGUUAAAUAACGCGUUUUUUAUGGUUAAAAUGACUGUUUUGCAUGUUUUUUUAUUCCAUUAAGAUUCUCAAAAUGCUGUGACUCACAUUUCUCUAUUCAUCUCCACAGGUGGCAAUGGUCCCACGGACUAUCACGCCUGAAACUGAAAGUGACCUCUCUGACCUGAGUGAAGAUUUGGAUUUGGUGCAGCAGAUCCAGCAGUUUCUCGAUGAAGAAAGAGCGUCCCUGCGACAGAACCACACUCCCUCAUCCUGCACUUCAGACAGUCUAAUCUCAGCAAAUACUCCGGACACGCAGCGAUGGACCCUUCCUGAUUCGCUGGCUACCACAGAAGAACUCAAAACUCAAGUCACACCCACCUGUCAGACAGUUGAUGAGAGUGAAAACGUACCACCGCUAAAUCCUGCACCCUCGCCUGCUGUGGCAGCUGCCAUUUGUCAAAUGGUCGAAGACCCCUACUUCGAUCUUCCUUCACCUGAAGAGGCACCAGUGGGCCCCAAAACUGAUGCCAAACACUGCACAGAUAGCACUAUCUUAAGCACACCCACAUUGUUUCUGAAUGACCACACCUUGGAGCCCAGCCCUGCUGCUUCAGGUACACAAACAUAUUUUUUUUUAAACAGAAAAGGUAGCAAAGUUAAGUUUAGGAAAUAUUAUUGAACUGUCUUAUAUUUUGCAGGUGUUGUUGAGGUUCAGGCAGAUGGGGAGGAACCGCCUCCCCUACCUCAGCGAACCCCUGAAUCCUACAUACUGGCUAAUGAUGCAGGUUAGCGCUGUUUUCAGUCUUCAAAGAAUCAGUGAAAUAAAAAUAAAAAAAACACAGAAAAAUAGUUUCCAUAAAAUCCCCAUAGUUACGCAUUCAUCUUCUGGUGUCAUGCUCUAUGCUAAAGAUUAUGUUAAAUUAAAUCAUCACUAACUAAACUCAGAAUUACAGAGUCUGUGAGUCAAUGACAUCAAACUGACACAGACUUUGAUCCACCUGUCAGUUUUUUUUAACCACCUCUCAGGUAAUUAUGCUGUGAGAUCAUCUGUCAUCUGUAGUAGACAUGACCAGCAUUUUAGGCCUCUGAGCAUGACCUCAGAGGAAAAAAGCCUCUGAAGAAAACUGACUGAAAUUCUGUUUUUCCACAUACUGCUUUUUUAGUUAUGACGGUGUAUCCUCUGGAGUAUCUUUACAUUGUGUUUUAAUUUUGUCCUGUAGAGCGAGCCGAUUCCUGUGAAAGGUUAACGGUAAUCAUUCCUCCAAAUGCUGCUGCUGAGGCUGUCAGGAAUUUGGGAGGUAAAAAGAGAAACACUUAAAAUACCUGAAACUUUCUAAUCAAUAUCGAAGCAUGCAUAUCUGAUUUUCAUUUCCCAAUAGUUAACACGUUUAUGUUUAAUAUAAAUGAAGGGACUUCUCUGAUAUUAGAAAAAUCAAACAGUGAUAUUUGUGUCCAUACUCCCAGGCAGCCCCCCCUCGCCUGCCCCUCCACUCCCAGAGAGAACCCCAGAAUCAUUUCUGCUGGCUACUGAUGAAGGUGACUCCAUAGUAUCAUGAUUUCCCCUAAUUAAUAUAAAUUAACUGCUGAUUUUAAAUAGCAGGGGUUUCAUAUUUAUAUCGUACGUCAUAUUUAGUGACACGAUCUAGUGAAAGAACAUCUAUUAGUCAAACGGCUCCUUAUUCAGAUGAAGCUACUUGGAACAAUUAAUCAGUUGUGGUCAUUGACGUUGUCUUUGUUUUUGUGGCGUGAUGUUUUUUGUGACUGUGCACUGCAAUGAAGAGGUAAUUGUAAAUGUAGACUCCAGGAAGAAAAGCUAAUGGAGAUCAAAAUAAAUGAAAAACAAAUAAUGUACUUGCUGCUUUUCAGCUCCCGUGGAGCAGAAGUUACAGGUCAAACCCGCAGUGGACCUGAGCCGGAUAGGGGUGUCUUCGGAGUGGUCUGGAAACUCGACACAAACAACCCUCGCACUGCAGAAUGAAACAAAACCUUGGCUGAGGAGUAAGGUGAGAAAAAGACCUUUUACUUAGCCGAGGUGUGACUUCCUCACACUAAAGGUAGCAUCUGUUUGACAAGCACCUUUAGACUAUUGUCACAUCCACCAGGCCAAAAAUGAUCAAGUAGUAGAUGAAGUAAUACGAGAUUUAAGCCUAUUUAAAGCUACUGGGGGAAGUUUUUUAGUCAAUCUAGUAUCAGACCUUGAACAUAGGAAACAGUUUUGCUGUUUUUAACUGCCUCAUGCUUUAUUUCUUGCAGAGUCUGAGAGCAAAAAUGACCCUAUCAAGUAAGUUUUUUUGCUAACUAAAAAAUGUACUUAAUAAAUAUAAUCAAGACAGCUGAUAAUGUAAUUAAAACAGUUUUUGCUGAGGGUAGACUGAUAACUAUAUAUUCCUCAUUUGGCUGAUUAUUUGUAUCAGCCUUUGACAGAUGACCGAUAAAUAUAACAAGUCAAAACUGUGCUCUGUCUUUACUUCUGGGUCUGUUUUCUUGUAACCCUCUGUCUCACCCAAUGUGUCAACCACAGCACUGCCUGAACGGCUACAUGUCAUACGGUGGUGUGACAUAGUAUUACUGUACUGUGUUAACUUUUAUAUGAGAUGCUGAAGGUUUCACUUUUGACUGAACACUUUCCGAUGCCACUAACGUAAAGUUCAGUGUUGGCGUUUGUAAUGUGUCUUCAUUUUGGUAGCUAUUUUAAAAUAAGCCUGAGUCUAAAAUACUUCUUGGUUUGACAUUUUUAUUAUCUUUGGCCUCUGUAGUUUUAGGAUAGAGUUUGUCAACAAAAAGGCUAAACAUUGUAGUCUAGUUUUAAUCUGUUACAUUUUCAUUUUUACUUUUUGUCGAAAUGUUUUCCAUCUUCACCCUCAUUCAAUGAAUCAUUUGGAAAUUAAGAUCAAGAUCAACCCCUAGUUUGUAGUUGUAUGAAUAUGAAUUUUAAAUGUAUGCCUAUUUUAACUUAUUAUGAACUUUUGUUGAAUUUUAAAUAACUCUGAACUGCUGUAUGUGAAAAUUUUAAAAUAAUGUAAAUAUAAAAAAGAAUAUAAGAUGAGUCGGUGUAAUGAAAAAUAAUCAAAUUAAUUAGCACGUGUGUUCCUCUAUCAUCUUAUCUUAAGCACCAGCUCCCCAUUUCCAGCCUGCAUCAAAUCCAACCAGCUUUCACCAAUACCGUCCACCUCCGGACCCAACACCUCCCUCGCUGCUUGAUCAAAGUAAGUUCACCAGACUGAACAAUCACACUUACUUGAAUUUAGACUACCAAAAGCGAAAUCUAUAACAUGUUACUUAAAGAGAAAGUUGUGGCCAACUAAACCAAGUCUGUUCUGUUUAACCUGCAGCUGAGGAAAGCCUGACUCCUCCCCUUCCUGACAGAACCCCAGAGGCCUUUGUCUUCAACAUGAGGGACAGUGAGUAUCACUUCCUACUUCAAAAAAGACACAAGUUUCAGCUAUCAGUGCACUGCUCUGAUUCUAUAUUGUUUUUUUUUCCAGGUGUUCAUGAGACAAUGCCCCUCAACCCCCAGCACCUGGAAACGACACAUCCCUCACUAAGGGUCAGUGUGUCGUCAGACCAUGAUACCACCUCUCAGCCUAAGAGAUUCCUCGAUGCUGUUAAGAACAGGAGUAAGGUAAAAACAUCCUGAUGACUCAAAAACUGGAGAUUUUGUUAGGGAAACUGGCAGACCACCAAAAAGUGACUUCUCAAAUAGGUUUCCUAAUACUGCCUUCAUUAAUACACUGAAGCUGUAUCAAGUAACAAACAAUUAACUGACCAAUGAGCCUCUAAAAUGUCAAAAAAAUAUAAAUAAUACAUCACAUUUUCCAGACCAGUGGUCCAAAACAUAAAGGCCAAACACUUUCAGUAAUACAUGACAAGACAAAAACAAGCUAACUAUUCCAUUUUGGAUAAUAGGAACUGGUAAAAUGUUUUUUUUUUUUGAUGAAAUGUUAUUAAAUUGAUGAAUUAUUUUGUAAAUUAAGCAUCAAAACUCAUUUGCCUUUAAUGCUUUUGCUGUGAGGUCCAUUACAGUAACCCCUAAAAUGUGUUCACAUUUUCUCCCCAGAGCGUUCGAGUGAGAGGUUCAAAACAAGGUAAGGUGUUUCAUCUCACAAGCAACAACUCUUUCCUCUUCUGCUUUUAUUUCGAUUGACCUGACAUUUCAAGAUAAGCUUUCCCCAUGACAACACCAAAAACAACUGCAUGUUGGUUCACCGCUCAGUGCACUCUGACUUCCCCAACCUGCACCCAAGCUUGUCCACUAUGGCUUGAGCCUUACAUAUAGCAAAACGGUUCAUGAGCACACAUUUUAAUCUGACAAGGAGAUGCAUCAUUUUUUAAAAUAGCUCGGCAGUGUACCUUUAUCAAAAUCUAUUCAUGAAGAACUGAUUACUGUAACUACCAGGGCUAUUUUAAGUUGACUGGAGAGUAUUUGGUCACAUGAUCAAUUUCUUUUACCAUUUCAAAGCAACAGGGGGUGGCUCAACUUACCCCACUCUCCCCUAUGAUGCACCAUAAAGCUAGUCAUGCUAGCAACGGCAAUUAGUCAGCAAGCUAACUGUCACUUAACAGGCAUGUGUGUGUCAAAAAUUUUACUCGCUUCCUCGUUUUGACGCUUACUUUUAUCAGUAUCCGUACAGAGAUGUAAAAUUUAAUGUAUUUCUACUAACUUGUCUGCCGUCUACUUACCUGGUCAGAAGAAAAAUAGCCAUCUCUGCUUUGGUCUUGAACCUUUUUUUUUUUUUUGGCGCUGUCGCCUCUCCUCUGCUCUCAGGUCGGUUCUUGGGGGUUCAUUAUUCGUAGUUUCGUCUCGUACUUUGCGGUGGAGUUCUGUAGUGGAAAAAAACGGCCCGUAAUGUGGUCAGUUAUCAUCAGUUACAGUUAAAUCUCAACGAAAACGAAUGGGACAGUUUACUUACUCUUUAACUGAUGUCAUCAUAACUGACAACACGAGGGCGUUCCAAACGGCCACGAGGGAGCGCGUUUAAACCGCCCACCAGUUUAGGGCACAUGCAUUCAGGAGGCGUUGCUAGCUGUCCAACGUUAUCAGGUGAGCAGGUUCAAAAUUGCAUGUUUCCCGAUUGUUUUACGAUAUAUUUAAGGGAUUUUAUUGUUUUAUUUAGUAGAUGCCUUUAUCUAAAUAUGUUGGUCCUUUAACAGUCUUUCAGUUAUGCGGUUGAAGAGCAUAACCAGAUAUUAUUUGAUUACUAUAGAUAAUAUACGGUAGCUGAGAACCGCCACUAAGCCACAAAGAAAGUUACAAUGCAAAAAAAAAAAAAAAAACAGUUAAGAAAGAAAGAAACCUAAUCCCACUGCAAAUAAAAAAAGAAUUGGUGCAGAUAAAAAAAAGCCACAACGAAAAUUAAAAACACAAAAAAUAAAAAAUAAAAAAAAGAGUUGCAAAAAAAAAAAAUUUACUUACUGUGAUAAUAAAAAGAUGCAAAUAAAAAAAGCCAUAACAGAGGUUCUUUCUUUAACGUUUUUAACAUCUACCGUACCUUUUUUUAAUUUAAAUCUGCACCAUUUCUUUUUUAUUUGCUGUGGGCUUCAGUUUCUUUGUUUUUUUGGAUCGGUAACUUCUGUUGUGGCUUCUUUUUUUUUUUUUUUUUUUGCAUCCUUUUUUAUCUGCAGCAGUGGCAGUUCUCAGCCACUGUAAUAAUCAAUUAGUCAAAAUAUAUGACUACAAAUUUCACACACUGCAAUAUACGAUCUAUUCCUAACACUACCUAUUCCUUCCACCUGGAGGCAUCCUUUGCCCUAAAACACAAAACUAAACUUGGCUGGUGUGAAGGCACAUUUUCAGUUGUAUAUUUCAUAGUUUGUCUGAAUGAUAGCGUACUAAUCAGAGAAGUUUUAUUGUGUUUCUAUCACAGAGCCCCUCACUGCAGCUCAGCCGCUCACUCCACCUGCUGUGGUCAGAGCUGAAGCAGGAAGUGGUGAGUUGAUUCAGACACUGAAGGGCUUCAAAGUCGCAGUAGCCUCUUUCACACAUGCUGUUAUCAUGAGAAAAGUGUGCUCUUGUUCAAUUAUAUAUUUAAAAAAAGAUAAUGCUUCACACAAAAGGCUGUGGUUGCUUCUAAUAAGACUCAGUAAUACGUGUUAUUAUUAUUUGUCUUCAGACCUUGUUGCAGCGAGCGCAUCAAGAAAAUGGUCACCUUUAAACACUGCGUCUAACUUCAUUUCCUUUCUGUGUUCGUCAGCACAAGUGGAGCAGCAUGAUUCACACCACAGGGCCUCGCUGAGCGCUGAGACGUCAGAAAACAGUGCAGAGAAGAGCAUGUAUAGAUCGAAGGUAAAAUGAGUGCAAACGAAAAAUCAUUUAAAGACAAAUGUAAAAGCAGUCUGUUCAUUCUCUUUCCUCUUUUCUUUGGCCAGAGUUUCAAGUUUUUCAGACAAAAACUUAAACGUAAGUUGUGUUUAAUUAAACUUGCUCUAUCAAUAUGUUAAUUUCUAUAGAGGUAUAAGGAUUAACAUGUUUAAAUAUUUAUUCUCAGCUAAAACGGCUCCUCCACCACCUCCCACUCAACCUGGAGCACCAUCUCCACCAUACAGCGCCCCGUCUUUCUCACUGUUCAAAUUUGGUAGGUCUGCAUCUCCUUAAAAACUGAAUUAUCAGAUUAAACAGUAUUAUGUUUAACACUGUCUGCUUGUUCUGCAGGGUUUGGGAACCGUUUUGGAAAGCCAAAGGGUCCAAGGACUUAUCCAGACACCUGGGUGUGAGGAAGGGAGCUGCUUCUAAACACGCUGGAGGACUUAGUGCACUUGGAGGAUUUUUUUAUUUUUAUUUUUCUUGGAAGUACUGUUGAAAUAUCGCAUAGGGCCUCUUUAUUUUGCAUUGCCUGGCACAGUUGCACACUCAAAAGAGAAUGGAAAGCUCCUAGAUACCAGCUCUUAUGCUUACAUAUACCAAAGAUCAGAUCAGGUUGAUGCUUAUUAUUGUUCAGGACGUCUCGCUGUCACACGGACUCAAGACUUAAAUGUUUGACCAAAAAUCUCAGGAGGACAACUCCUUUUAACCUGGUGUGUGAGGUGCAUGUAUUGUCUGUGUAUGUGUGUGUUUGUGCGAUAAGAAAACGGGUACUUUAAUGCACCGCGUGUUUUUGGUGCGUUAUUUUUCUUACAGAGACAAAAAAACUAUAAGAGUUAAUGUUCAGUUUGGAUCAUACUCCAUGUGUCUCAGCUGUCUGUAACUUUCAGAGCAUCAUCAUCAUCUUAAAGGACCAUCAACGUUGAAUGAGAAACUAUGUAAAGAAGCAUGUGUCGCGUAAACUCGCCAUAAAGUUAUUUAUUAAAAUUGAAACACAUCCGAUCUAAAA